GGAAUACACGUACAGAUGAAAUACAAAAAGACUGAGAAAUAAUUUAAAUUCUGAUCAAAUUAAAUCACUUUUCAGGUGAGUGCCUGCAAGUCCGUGGUCGAAGACAUGCCCGGCUCGGGCGUGACAAGAAAAUUGGACGAAAAUUCCCAUAUAUACUAGAGGAGAACCUUUUUCCUCCGUCAGAUCCUUGGUCCCCGAAGUCGCCAAAUUUUGUUACUUUGCAAGUACUGCUUUUCUCUUUUUCAAAAUGCCUCACGCAAUAGAUGAAGGAAGGCCUGGAGAGGAAUCUGGCCCGCGCCGGAUUGUCCUUUGCUUUGAUGGUACUGGUAACCGGUUUCAUGGCAAUGAAUCGGACACCAAUAUUGUGAAAAUAUACCAAAUGCUCGAGAGGCACACACCAGGCCAAUACCACUAUUACCAGCCUGGAAUCGGCACCUAUGUCAAAGGCCAAGGGUCCAGCUCGACGCGCUUAAAUUUCAUCCCCAAGAUCAAAUCCGCCAUCCUCACCACAGUCGAUUGCAUGGUGGGUUCGUCAUUCCGAAGCCAUGUCCUGGAUGGAUACCGCUUUGUUAUGCGCUUCUAUCGACCCGGAGAUCAUAUCUACAUCUUCGGUUUCUCGCGUGGUGCAUACACGGCACGGUUUCUUGCGGAGAUGAUCCACAACAUUGGUCUCUUAUCCCAGGGAAUGGACGAGAUGGUCCAAUUCGCCUGGGAUACCUUUAGCAAUUUCCAGCAAGCUAAAGGAAAUGAUCCACUUACAGAAAAGGAUAAGCAGCUCAUUGCGUAUAUGGAGAAAUUCAAGACGACCUUCUGCCGUCCAGAUGUGGGAAUUCAUUUCCUGGGCCUGUUUGACUGUGUCAACAGUGUUGGUCAGUUCGAAAUUCCGCUCUACCGCACGUCCUACAAGGUCAUGGCGAGCCCCGCAGCUCGAUACAUCCGGCAUGCGGUGUCUAUUCACGAAAGACGACUCAAGUUCAAACCUGCUCUGUUCAUUCUCGAUCAGAAUGGUCCUCCCGUGGACCUCAAAGAGGUCUGGUUUGCCGGUAACCACAGUGAUAUCGGAGGUGGCUACGGACUCGAACCGGGUCAGAAGCAUCUAUUGUCAGACACGCCAUUAAACUGGAUGAUCCAAGAGGUUCUCAAUCUCGACGGUUCAGACAGCAAGCUAUCUUUUCAGACGCUAAACGUUGAUGACGUGUCGAAAGCUGAAAACGCCUUUCCUGGAAAAGAGGCUCCCGGAACUAAUGCUUUCCUGUUACGAAGGAAGACAAACCAGCCCCACGACACGCUCAGUUUUGGACACGGCACAUUCUUCUUGAUGGUCCUUUGCUGGUGGAUCCUUGAGUUCCUUCCCAUUUUCACACGUCUGGAACUGGAGAAUGGCAAAUGGAUCCCCCGCCGGCUCCCGCCAAACAUGGGCGCUCCCCGAGAUCUGCCUCACGACGCCGUAAUCCACCCUAGUGUGAAAGAGAUGAUCAAGGCCGGUAUCCUGGAUAAAGAGUCGAUCCCCCCGCGAGGCGGAGACAAUCCCAACCUUCCCAAUGUUGCCAAUCUCGCCUAUACGUGGAAGAGACUGCGAAACACUGCAGCCACUCAAGCGUCAAAUUUGUCGAAAGAUUCAAAAGAUGGAUCGGAGAAGACCAAUGGCACUGUUCACGGUGGAUUCGAGCCUGCAAAAGCAUUGGGCUGAGCUGGGGCGGUGUGAGUGUGAGAUAGUAGGUGCCUGCGAUAGCGCUUUCUGGUACAUGCAUCAUAAUCCUGUGGAGUAGAAUGGCCGUAUCAUAUUCGUUGAAUGUGGACGGAGCAGCGGCUGAGUUAGUAAACAAAGACAAUCCAUUAGUUCAUGUCAAUAGUACGACUAUAUGCAGGGAAAAGCUAGUUUCAAUUGUGAAUAUUUGCAAGAAGAGAAGUAAAGUGAGUUGUCCAGAGCAGUUCGAAUUAGGUUGCCGAUCACGGGAUUUGCGGGCCACUCA